GGCUGCUGAAGCUGAGAAAAUGGCAACGUUUUCAAAAACAGGAGCUGAACAAGAAAUACAACGGCGUUUAAUUCCAGAAAAUGAACCAGAAAGUGGUCCAGGUUUACCGUAUGGUGGAAAGAUGCACCUUGCUUACAAAAAGAAGGCGGACCCACGGCGCAUUCGUGUUGUAGAGGCUGUCAUGAUCCUUUCAACACUCACCAUUGUCAUUUAUACAAACUGCUACUUUGACCCCCUUCGAUUCCAUAUGGCAUAUGGUUAUCCACUGGCCCAGCACCAGGUGGGUCAGAGGUAUCGACAUGGUAAGUCGAUUAUGGUUAUUAGUAAUUCAUACUGGUAAUUCAUACUGGUAGUUCAUACCGGUAAUUCAUACUGGUAAUUCAUACCGGUAAUUCAUACUGGUAGUUCAUACCGGUAAUUCAUACUGGUAGUUCAUACCGGUAAUUCAUACUGGUAGUUCAUACCGGUAAUUCAUACUGGUAAUUCAUACUGGUAAUUCAUACUGGUAGUUCAUACUGGUAGUUCAUACCGGUAAUUCAUACUGGUAAUUCAUACUGGUAGUUCAUACCGGUAAUUCAUACUGGUAAUUCAUACUGGUAGUUCAUACCGGUAAUUCAUACUGGUAAUUCAUACUGGUAAUUCAUACUGGUAGUUCAUACUGAUAAUUCAUA